AUGCCCGCGCCAUCUUGGGAUCCUUUCACAGGGCACCAUCAUCGCCACGCUGCCGCCCGCGGCGCGCCCAGAUGGUCGGACAUAGAUACUCAUGGGCAUAACGAAUACAGGUCUAGAUACAGCCGAGGAUACGAUGGCGAUCGCCGCUCUCGGUCCCCCCACAGGUCGCCUGAUCGCUUUCCCAACCGCGCCUUGCAGUAUGGCGACGGUGACCGCAGACGCCCCUCGGCAGACACGCGCGUCAACCAAUCCGUCUUCCAGACGAACCGGGAGUUCCGUGAUCCCCUGACCGGUGGGAGAGAGCCUCCGCGUGGCCCGAAAGCUCUCCUCGACUCCCCUGGCCCUCCGCGCGGCGGCUACUCGGACAACUUCCGUGGCAGGGGACCGCGAGGCCGUGGUGGUGGGAGGGCUUGGAGGGACGACAGCCGUGAUCGCGCCCGAGACCGUGAUGACUACCGCAACGAACGCAGAGACGCGCCGUUCAGGGACGAAAGAGGCGAGCGGACCGAGAGGAGCAGGGAGCGGGAGCGCGACUGGCGAGACCAGCGCGACAGCUUUCGUGGAAGGCGUCCGUCUCCCCAAGGUAGGGGACGUUCUCCUCCCGGGAGAGAUCCUGGGAGAGACCGCGACUUUCGCGACCGAGACCGGGAGCGAGAUGGUCCGCUUGGUGUCGAUGCCGAGCGUGCAAGGCGCGGCUCGAGGGACGGGCCAUUGUCGGCGGGAUCUUCAAACUCGGACCAGCCCUUUGGGGCCCAAUCCUACCGUGGCGGCGGCUUCAGGGGUGGCCGUGGUCGCGGUCGCGGUGGUGGGGGAGACUGGCAGGACCGUGGACGGAGACCUGGCUUCUUCGACGAUCGCGACCGUUACCGCAGUCGCUCUCAGGAUGGGCGAUGGGGCAUCCGCGACGGCCGGGAUGACCGUAUCGAAAACCCGCGAUUUGCGGACGAUCCUCGUGCGCCAAGAGACCUGCGCGACGACCGCGAUUCUCGUGACCGUGAACUGAUUAGACCCAAGACCGACCGUGCCUCCCUUACUCACGAACUGCCAACCUUGACAAAGGAAGUUUCGCCGCCUCCGAUCGCCCCUUCUGCCCCGGCGUUUGGUUCGGUUGUCCCCAGCCGAGCAACCCCGGCUGCCCUGGAUAUACAGACCCCGACCGGAAAGGCGCCACCGACAGGCCCGCGGGCGCUUACAGAGGAACGUCCUAUGUCUGCUGGGCAUCAAGGCGGGGGAGGCGGGAGCGGAGGGGGCGACCGGUUCCCAUCCACUGGAGCAUCUAAGGCCUCUAGCCAUGACGGUAGUCCUCCGAUUCCGACGGGCCCGCGUGCUCAACAUCAGAAGCAACAGCAGCAGCAGCAGCAGCAGCAGCAGCAGCAACAGCAGCAGCAGCCACAACAACAGCCACAACAACAACAACAGCAGCAGCAGCAGCAGCAGCAGCAACAACAAAGACCUUCGAGCAAGCAAUGGAUAAAUCCGGCGUUGGCUGGCAAGAAAAUCCCCGAGUCGCCCAAGGUCAACAGGUCACAGAGCUUUGCUUCACAACAUCCGAGACCUUUCGGUCCUCGUCCGGCAUCCUCGGGCUCCGAGAAUCAUGUCGAUUUUGGCAACCGCCCGCGAAGCCGCGACGCGCAAUCCGACUCUCACAUGUCCAGCGGAGAGGCCCACCUGCGCUCUCUUCACCAAAUGAUCGAGGAUGGGGAGAUUGUCCAAGACGACCACGCGCACGGGACGCUGUCCGCGCGGACUUCGGUCGACCGUGAGAUGAGACCUCCCUGGUCUGCAUCCGACAGCCACAUGUCCGGCAUGGGAUACGAGCGGCCUGCCAGUGUCAUGGGAACGUCACCGACCUACCAACGCCCGCCCACGCUGAGCCCAACCCAAUCUAGGAGCGGCAAGGACGGACCCCAUCCGAGAUCAGAACCCACCCCAACUGCCAGCACGCCCAAACGACGAAAACCGACACUGAGAUUUGCCCCCGUUAAGGUGUCGGUUCCGCCGCCGCCGCCCCCUCCUCCUCAAGACCAAUCCUCUGAGUCUGACGACGAGGACAUGAACGACUACUUUCAGAAGGAGAUCCAGAAGAAUGAGGCUGAACUUAAAAGGCUGGAGAGCGAAUCGGCCGACUUGCCGACGAAGAAUGUGUUCACUUACGCGUACCUCGUGCAGAUGGCUGCUCUUGCCUUUGUCGACGAGACAGAGGGCCUGAUGGACAUGCUUGGAAAGAUACCCGAGGGCGUCAGGAUCCCACGAAAGUCGUCCCAGUCGUCUGCGGCCAAGCCGGCCGUCAUCCAACAAAAGCCACUGCAUGGCCCGAAAGAACCCCCCCACAAGGAGCCUACCAGCGCUGCCGCUGCGAACAUUCAAUCUGUUAAGAGCGUCGACCGCGAUGCCAAAGCCAUUUCCAAGGAGCCCAAGGUCAUGGACAAGGAUAUAAAGGGUGCUGGCAAGGAGGCCAAGGCCCCAGAGGUGGAUCAUAAGGCGCUCACGAAGGAGAUGAGGCCUAUGGAGAAGGCUGACAAGGUGACUCCUGAAGAGUCUAAGGAGACCAAGGCCGCCGAAAAGGACGCCAAGGCUGUCAAGGAAGCCAAUGCGACCGAAAAAGACAUCAAGGCGACAGACAAGGACGCCAAAGCCGCAGUCGUUCCAGCAUCUCUGGCACCUCCUACUCUCAGGGCGGCCGUAAGCGGACCUCAUACCGCUCCUGUCCCCAUUCCCGAGGCUGCUGCACCCGUGCCUGCGCCAACAGACGAUGUGGUUAUGACAGACAAACCCAUGGACGAUGCACCCUCUGCUAGCGGACCUACUACCGAGAUAGCGGCUGCCACCGUACCGGUGGAGCCCCAGCCCAAGGUGGAAGAUGUCGAGAUGGAGGACGCCCACGUUCCCAUUCCAACUGUUGAGCAGGAGGAUCCCAGGCCCGAAAGCGCCGAUGUCGAGAUGCAAGGCACAGCCGAAACUUCGGAGGUAGCCCCUGGGCAGGAGGAAGACGAGGCACCAAAAGCCAACGGCGUGGUUGCCAGUGGUGAAAUGCCCGAGCCGACCCUCAACCAGGAAGUGGUGUCGCAAAAGGUCUCUCCAGGAAGGACGGAAGACGAUGAUGACGCUACUGAGAUUGAAGAGCCAGACUGUGCGGCCAUGGAGACGGUGCGGCAGUACAUGGUCACUCCACCUCUGGACAGCGUCCCGGUAUUCGAUGUUGCUGCCUGGCACGAGGACAAGGUGUUCCUCAAGUCCAUGGAACCCCAAGCGGGAAUGGCAACGUUUGUGCUUGACAAGCUCAAGCGGGAGACGAGUGCGCGAGCCGAGGAGUAUGCGGCUAUUCAGCGCGACUACCGCGAAAAGUACAACCUCUACCUCCGCUUCACGCUCUCGGAUGACCCCAGCGCGAUCAGGAGUCGUGACAAGUUUGCCGUGUCUACGGGCUUCUCCGAGGCUGUGACGGCACCGCCGCAACCCCCUCAAGAGCCCAAGGCGGAGGGACGGGGCCGCAGGUUCGCCACGGAAAGAGACCUUGAGCGUAUCCUGCAGGCUUCCAAAGCCGAGGAGGAGCAGCGGCGCGAGCGCGAGCUACGGGCGGAGAAGGAGAUGUGCCGCAGCGAAAAGGAGGCAGUGAUCCCAGACAUGUACUGGGACGACGAGGAUCGCAAAAAGCAGCUGUUCAUGGACAGAGCUGGCUAUCUCCCCGUGGAGAAGCUGGUGGCAGCCUGGCAAGUGUUGCCGCCCGUAUGCAACUUCACGCCCGAGGAGGAGGUGUUCUUCGAGAAGGCAUACCUCGAGUGUCCCAAGCAGUGGGGUAAGAUUGCGGAGCAGAUCCCGAAGCGCACCUUUGGAUCAUGUAUCCAAUACUACUAUCUCAAGAAGAGGGACCUGCACCUCAAAGAGAAGCUCAAGAAGCAACCUAAGAAGCGCAAGAAGGGGCGCGGCAAGGCCCGGUCGAGCGCUCUGGUCUCGGAGCUUGGCAACGGCGAUCACGAGACGGAGGAGAACCACGAGAAUGGCGAGAACAACGAACGCCGCCGACCUAGACGCGCCGCGGCGCCGACCUUCAGCUUUGAAGCAGCGGCCACGCCCAACAAUGCGGACUCUGAUGGCGCAACUCCCAGCGGAACCCCUGGGCGACGGACGGGUGGCAACAAGGGUGACAGCGGGGCCGAAAAGCCCGAGAGUAAGAAGGGGGGCAGGAAGCGGCAGCCUAAGGAGAAGAAGGCCGAGACGCCCAAGAUCACUCCCAUCAUCGCCCCGACGCCGCCCACGGCCAAACCGAACCGGUCGAGAUCGAACUCGCGAGUCCAAGGCCCGCCAGGGCCCGAGUGGAACUCGCCACAGACCCCUGGCGGGCCUGGGAUGGCGCCCAGCAUGGGCCCAGCCCCUCCAUCCUCGUUCGAGCCGCAGACUCCGGGCAUGCAGCCGCAGCCGCUGGUACCGGCCACGGCUCUGCGCAGCCCAGAGAGGCCGCCCUCGCUGGCCCCGCCCGCCAUAAUGACCGAGAUCAUGGCGCCGCCCUCACUGAGGCCAGAGCCACCGCUGUCGGCGCCGCCCCAGGUUGGCGUGACCGCAUUCGAGAUGGGGCUCACGUCUGGCUCGCCGUCGGAGCGUGGCCGCGCGCAGGGCCAAGCCACAAGCUACUGGAGCGUGUCGGAGGCUAAUGACUUCCCGGCGCUGCUGCGGUCGUUUGGCACCGACUGGAAUGCUAUUGCCCUCCACAUGCACACCAAGACAUCGGUAAUGGUCAAGAACUACUACCAACGGCAGAAGGAGGGCACGAAACCCGAGUGGGAAGGCAUUGCUACCGAAGCGGAUCUGCGAAAACAGCGCGGUCAGAAGCGGCCUCCCCCGCCGACGCCGACGACCGGGGCCCGCACCAAGAAAUGGGAGUCGCCGUCCUCGACGUCACACCGACCGCUCGCUGCGGCAGACACGGCUGACGACACUGUGCAACCCAAGGUGGAGAAGCAUGGUCUUACUGUCGGACCACCGGUUGGUCCGCAGCCGCAGCAGCAGCCGCAGCCUGCCUCAGCAACACCCGUCCAGCAGCCUUUUAGACCGUUCCCAGUGCCGCUCGCAAUGGCACCCCAGUCGACCACACCGGUGCCCCUCCCACACAGCGUGCCCAUCUCUGUCCCUGGUCCGGCGCCCGUCCCUACUGCCGCGAUGCAGUCACCUCUCCCCCAAGCACCGCCACAGGGGCAUGCCCCGGCCCCUCAGCCAACACCCGUCAUGGUUUCGCAGCGAAUGCAGAUACAACAGCCGCCGCAACCCCCACCGCAGCAACCGCCCCAGCAGCAACAGGGACCACCGCAGGCACCACAGCAGGUUCAGCACCAGCAGCAACCGCAGCAGCCAAUCUCACCGGCUGUUCUCUCGCCUGCAAUGUCUCCCGCCAUCUCCCAGUCCAUGUCGCAGUCGAUCUCGCAAACGGCUUCGCCAAGGAUGCGGACGCCCCGUGUCCCGUUUACUCCCUUCCCCAGCGAGCCGGAGCCGGAGCGGGAGAGGGAGCCCAUGCCGGCCCUAGUGCCACAGCCGCAGCCGCAGCCAAUCCGCAUCACGCAAAAGCCCGCGCCUUCCUCGCAGCACUCCCCCUUGUCCGCAGGCGGUGUUGGUCCCAGCUCCGGCUUGGGGCUUGGAGGUCCGCUUGGGGACAUGCAUCGGAGCCAGCGGCCUGGGCCCGGCUGGGCAAAUCCCGAGGUGGACGAGAAGAUUGCGCAGCUUGCUCAGAGGCGUAGCAACCAGCGCAGCGACAUGCAGCAGCAACAGCAACAGCAGCAACAGCAGCAACAUCAAAUGCAGCAGAUGCAGCAGCAGUUGGCGCAACAACAACAGCAGCUGCAGCAACACGCAAGGGAAGAGGCAAGACAGAUCGCACGUUCGCAUUCUGCGGUGGCGCAGGUACAAAGCCCGACUGCGCGACUGAAGCAAGAGCCCGAUGUGCCGAGUUCGUACGAUGCCUACCAGCCCGUUCUCCCCCAUGGCCCUCCACCGCCUCGCGGGGCCCCGCUGCGCAACGAGCCCGGAUCGAUAGGCAGGCCGUCGGACCCGGCACCACAGACUCGCCCUACCGGCUCUGCGCCUCCUGCGUUUGCGGUGCAGCCCCAACCACCACAGCCGCAGCCUCAGUCCGCGCCGCAGCAACAGCAGCCGCCCCAUCCUCCACAGCCUCCAUCCCACCGGGGCCCCUUCGGCGAGCCCAUGCAGCCCGCGCCUCCGCACGGUGUCGGAAUGGGAGAGCGACCUGUUCAGCAGCCGCAUGGCAUGGCAGCUCCCGUCAAGUUUGAGCCACAGCCGUCCCGGUCUGCGACCCCCCAGCAACCGUCCGCGCCCAUGGCGGCUCCUCCCGCAGCGGCGCCACGCCCUGCUCCGGAGCGCAAGACAUCAAGCCUCAUGGCUCUCCUCAACGACGACCCGCCCCCGCCGCCUCCUCCGGCCGCUGUUCCCCCUCCUAGUCGCCCCGCGGAAGCGCCAGCCCCCAGUUCCAAGUCGUCUUCAGCUGCGGCAACCUCGUCCGCGAGAACUGCGCCCACACCUCCUCCGGCGCCGCUGCGGCAGUCGUCCAAGCCCAUAUUCUCGCAGUACCUCCGCAACACGCCCACAACAUCGACAUCGGUCAUGCCUUCGCUCAAGCCUUACAACUCUACUCACACGCAGUCCCCACAGCCACAGCACAUGAGCGCACCCAGGCAGCCCAUAGGCGCCCCUAUAGACCCGUCAGCCGAGAGCGACUACUACGGACAACAACGCCCACAGUACCCGCCGCAACAGCAGCAUCAAUCCCCUGCAGCAAACUCUCCCCAGACUCACCACUACGGACCUCCUCAGCCGAGCCAGCAGCACCCGAUGGGCUACCAGAACCAGCCGCCGCCAUCAUACCCCCCAUAUGGUGCCCCGAUACCUCAGUCCCACUCAGGCUCCCCAACGAUGCAGUACGCGCACCAGCCGACUCCUACCAGGCGUGACCAAGGCCCGCCGCAGCCACCGCCUCCUAGAGAUGCGGUCUGGCCGCCUGACAACCGACCAAUACCGACGUCGCAGCCGCAACAGCAGGGCUGGGCCCCCGGCCAUGGGAUGCAACAAGUUGCCCCCAAGCCAGGGCAACCACAACCCCAAUCUGCCUGGGCCGCUCAGCACGGCGGGCCGCCAAAACCGCCCCCAUCGACCAAUCCCCAGCAGCCGGCGUGGGCGACGGCAGGACAGCAGCCCCAGCAACAGCAGGCGCCGCCUCCCCAUCACAUGGCCAUGCGUGACGAUCGCGCGAGCGCCCCUUAUGGUGUCAAUGAUAGAGAUCCGCGUGAUUUCAGGGACCCGAGGGACCCUAGGGACAUGAGAGACCCAAGGGACCUGAGGGACCCCAGAGACCUUCGAGAUCCCCGCGAUCCCCGUGAUCCUAGAGAUAUCAGGGACCCUCGUGAUCCUGGGGGUUUGAGGGAUUUCAGGGAUCCGAGGGAUCUCAGGGACCCUAGAGAUCUUCGGGGAGAUCCUAGAGGCGACCCCAGAGGAGACCCUAGGGGAGAUCCCAGGGACCCGCGCGAUCCGCGGAACAACCCGCCACCGGGCGGCCCGGGAAUGGUACAACAUCAGCACGCGCCACCGUCACACCAGCAACACCAGUACCAGCACCAGCCACCGCCACCUCAGCACCAGCAGCAUCCUCAGCACCAGGUGCAGCAGCACCCGCAUCAGCAGCACCAACAGCAGCAGCCGCACCAUCACCACCAGCAUUCGCAUUCGCACUCGCUCAGCGGUCAUCAGUAUCCGCCGCCGCCGCCUCCACGCGGCGGCGACCCGGGCCCGCCACCGCAACCAGGCGGAUACACCCGCUACAGUGCCACGCCGGGCCCUCCCCCGAUAUCGAGGGAGCAGGUGCCGCCGCCGAGGAGCUACACGCCGGUUGCGUUCGAGGAUAGGAGGCACGGGCCGCCACAGCAGUACGGUCACCCGCAGCAACAGCAGCCGCCGCCUCAGCAACAGCAGCGACCCAUGGAUCCCCUUAGAGACAUGCAAAUGCGCGACAUGGGAGGCCCGCCUGGGCCUGGCGGCAUGCAUCGUGAUCCCAGGGAUGCGGCCGCCCAGCAGCACAUGCAGCAGCAGCAGCAGCAGCAGCAGCAGCAGCAGCAGCAGCAGCAGCAGCAGCAAUCGCUCCUGCAAAGGCAACAGCAGCUGAGGCCUCACGAUGACUAUAGGCGUGACUACCGAUAAGCUAGCAUUUCAUCCGCAUGGGUCUUUUCUGCUUUCCUUUCUUCAGCUCGGCUUUGGCUUCCUUUUUUCUACAUCUUGGUCUUGGUACUUUUCGUUUAGUGUAUUUUUUGUCCACUUUGGGGUGGAAGCAUUGCCUUUCUUGGUGAGUGGCUUAUCGGUUUUGUCUUUGUGCGACUCGUUCUGUUCGCCCUGUGGGAAUUUGGCAUCGCGGGGGUACGUCUUCUUACUGGAGCACAUGCAUCAUCUUUUAUUCCCAGUCCAUUUUCAGCCUUCGUAUUCUUUCGCGUUCGAGUGCUAAAGCGAUAUAGUUGCGGAGACAAAAGAAACAUUGCAAAGAUUCACUGCGCGUCCUCUUCGUGAUCAAAAUAUGUUGGUAACUGCAAGAAUAC